GUCUCAGCCUCAAAUGAGUACCUCGUGUACCGGCCUUCAUGAGUGUUUGCUAACGACACUUGCCCCUACAGUAUAUUCAGGCUACACGGGGGAUAUUUGUGUCUGUUUGCCUGUUGCUGUAUUUGUGUGUGUGGAGCGAGAGAGAGAACUGCAGGUUUCUGUUAUUGGCUGAGAUUUUAGGGGCAGCGGUAGCGUGAAGCUCACACUGGUCAUCCUCGCCCCCUCCCCACACUCUCCACGGAGAACCUCCACCUUCCUCAACCACCCGAGUCUCUCCGCCUCCGACACUCACCCCCAACACCCCCAACUUAUCCUCGGCAUCUUCACGAACGACCACCGAGUGAGGGAGACGAGUCUCCAUCCACUGCUACCGUGGAGGUGGAGGCAGGCGGGUGCGUGGCUUUGCCUGGCUGACUGACGGGGAGUGCCCCGACACAUGGGGGGCCCGUGGGCCCGGCUGCUGGGGGCUGUGGCCCUGCUGAUGAUCGCCAGGCAGAGCGAAUCCCCGGCUCCUGUGUUGGCGCCCUACUUCUUCAUGUGCUCGCACGGCGGGGAACCCGAGGGCGCCCGAGACGCCGGGGAACUGCUGAUGUCGCUGCACGUGGCGGGGAAUCCAACACAGUACGAGCCGGGGCAGCAGUACCAAGUGACCCUGAGCACCAGCGCCGGCUUUGACGGCCUCCUCAUGACCGGCCUGUACACGAGCCCGGGGCCUGGCCCCGCUGUGGGUCCCCACGCGUUCCACUCACGGGGGCUCUCUGCUGUCGGCUUCUCGUCGGACCGCCCGUUAGGCUCGGGCUUCGUGUGCAGCGUAGUGGCGUCCCACGCGGCGCCGCGGCCACAGACUGCGCUCACCUUCACCUGGACGGCGCCGCCCGCCGGCACCGGAUGCAUCAGCUUCCUUGCCACAGCCACCCUGCGUGGGCAGAUCGUGUUUAAGGACACGGUGGUGCACCAGCUGUGCGAGCAUGGAGUUCCCACUCCGGCUCCUCUGAGGCCCAAACUGGCUGAAGUUCACUCCCAGGACGUGGAGCUCAGGGACGACUUUGAUUCGGACUUCGGCCUCAACCCGGACCUCUGGUCCGGCUGCCACGGCUGUGAGGUUAGUGACCUCUGUGGUCCCAUAAUGCACGGCAACGCCGCCAUCUUCUGCCAGACCUCUGGGCCCCGUGAACUGACGACGGUGCCACUCAACGCCACGGCCGCCACGGUGCUGCAGUUCUCCCUGGGUGCAGGGCAGUGCAGUAGCGGCGAGGAGGGCCCCCCAAUCGUGGUCUCGUUCACGCACGGAGACCCCCUCGACCCCUCGACUCGCUGGACCGAGCUGGAGAGGAUCAGAGCCCCUGGUAGCCCCCGUGCCGUAGUCCACCUGGUGCCGCUGCCCUGGGCGGCGCGAGCAGCCGGCGUGGCGCUGCGCUGGACUCAGCAGCAGCAGCAGCAGCAAGAGGAGCCACGCGCCUCGGCCGGCUGCUGGGGCCUGGACCACGUGCUGGUGGCCGGCGGCGCCCAGCGGCCCUCCGGCUUGCAGGACGACAUGGACCCUCUCCACACGGGCAACUGGCUCUUCUUCCCCGGAGCCGUCGUCAAGCACAGCUGCCAGUCGGACGGGGACUGCCUGUUCUUCCCGGCGAUGGAGGGGGGGCGCCUGGGGGAGGGGGGGGGCCUGGGGGGGUUCGCCGCGACUCGCGACCUCGACCUGCAGAGGGGGCGGCCGGAGGGAGAGGAGGACGAGGGGCGACUGUGGCAGGAGGAGUUCGAGUCGGAGCCUCUAGGUUGGACGGUGACCGGAGGAGCACCGAGCUCCGCGUGUGGGGGGGUGCCGACGUCCGGCAGGGCCCUGGUAAUGCAGGGCCCGGGGCCCAGGGAGGCGUGCACCCCGCCCCUGAACACCACCGCUGCCGGCAGCCUGCGCUUCUACUACAGCACGGGUGGAGGUGCGUGCGACCCCGUGGCCUGGCCACACCACGCCGUCUCCGUGUCCAUCCGCGGGGCGGCUGGGGACGAGGUUCUGCUGGAGACGAUGCUGCGUGGCGAAUACCGGGUACCCGGCCCGGUCUCCGUGGCGAUUCCUCCCGCGUGGCACCGUCCCGUCGUGAGGUUCUGCGUGGCGCAGGCGGUGCACGGGGGGCCCGGUCGCGACGUGUGGGCGCUGGACCGCGUGGCGCUGCUGCCCCCCGCACCCCCGCGCCCCACGCACCUCCUGCAGUUCUCGCUCAGCAUGGGCUGUGGUGCCGAAACGUCGGACUCCAGCGUGAAGUUAGAAUUUUCCACGGACCAGGGCCGCUCCUGGCACCUCCUAAUCUCAGAGUGCCUCCCUGGAGAGUGCGAGGGACCGCACCAACCGCACCGCACCGUCUACCCGGCUCACAGCUACACGGGCUGGUCGCGCGUGACGGUGCCGCUGCCCCUGGUGGCCAUCUCCCCGCGGACGCGGUUCCGCUGGAGCCUCGAGCACCCGGGGAAUGGCACCGCCUGGGCCAUCGACAACGUCUACAUCGGGCCUGCCUGCCCUGAGCUGUGCUCGGGCCAAGGGCAGUGCACGGACUCGGGAUGCCUCUGCGACGCGGGCUUCUCGGGCGAGGCGUGCGAGGAGACGUCGCGGGUGCUGCCGCCCUUCCUCUCCGAGAGCUUCCAGACUCCGCCGCUGCCCGGACUCUCCUCCUUCCUGUCCGUGGCCGGGGCGCAGGUGGGCUUCGUGUGCGGUGUGCUCGCCACGGGAAAGUCUCUGGUGUUCAACAAGGCCGGGCCACGUCACCUGCUCACCACUCACCUGGACAGCAGCACAGCCAGGUACCUGCAGUUCGCGCUGCGUCUCGGCUGCCGCUCCGAGCUGGGCGGCUGCCGGGCACCGGACGCUCCCUCGGAGGGGGUGCUGCUCCACUACUCCCCCAACAACGGCGUCAGCUGGACCCUGCUGGCGCAGUAUCGGCCCCCCGACUACCGCGAGCCCCGCAUCGUGACGGUGGAGCUGCCCGCCGGCGCACGGCGCUACGGCGUGCAGUUCCGCUGGUGGCAGCCGCGGCACUCUGGCGCGGGCCGCGACGUGUGGGCGCUGGACGAGCUGGCGAUGGCGGAGGAGCUCUUCAGCGCCGUCAGCGUCGACUUUGGCGACGCCGCCGCCGUGGCGCAGGCGCUCACCUUCCACCUGGGACGGCUGGCGCCGUACUGCGGGCGCGGCGCCACGCUCACUUUCUCCGGCUCCAGCUCGGGGGCCAGCGCGCGCUACGUGGAGACGCAGCCGCUGCAGGUGGGCGCUUGGUACUCCCUGCAGUUCGAGAUGGCGCUCGGCUGCGUGGGGGGGGGUGCCUCUCCCAACGCUGACGACGGCGGCGGCGGCGGCGGCGACGACGACGGCGAGGGUGGCGUUGGCGUGCGGCUCGAGUUCUCCACCAAUCACGGCCUCUCGUGGCACCUCGUCCAAGAGGAUUGCCUGCCGGGCGCCCCGAGCUGCGGGGAGUUUGCGUCGGCGAGCGUCUACCGCUCGUCGGAGCGCUCCAGCUGGAGCCGCGUCACCAUCGGCCUCCCCCAGCACACCUGGUCUGGAGCAACGCGUUUCCGCUGGAGCGAGGCGCAGCCUGGCGGGGAGCACGGCUGGGAGGUGCACACCUGGGAGGAGCACAGCUGGCCGGGACACUCCCUGGAGGAGCACAGCUGGGCGCUGGGCAGCCUCUACGUGGGGCAGCAGUGUCCCGAGGCCUGCCACAACCAUGGACAGUGCCACCAUGGCACGUGCAGCUGCGACCUGGGCUACGAAGGCCCCAGCUGUCUGCCCGUGGAGGCGCUGCCAACGUCGCUGCACGCCACCUUCGACGAGGAUCCCCCGGGGGCCUGGGGAGGGGCGGCCGGGCCGCCGUGGGCGGCCGUCGACGGGGGGGAGGUGCGGCCCCCGGAGCGGGCCUGCGGCGUCGUCGCCGCCGGCAACUCCAUCUACUUCUUCAAGGGCGGCGUGCGCCGUCUGGUGAGCGCCGACAUGGACACGCGCGGCGCCGACUUCGUGCAGUUCUGGCUGCGUCUGGGCGGGGGCCCCGCGGGCGCCGCCUGCGCCGGGGCGGAGCGGCGCGAGGAGGGCGUCCUCCUGCAGUUCAGCACGGACGGUGGCGCCACCUGGACGCUGCUGCUCGAGCUGCACUACCGCGACUACACCCAGCCCAGGUUCGUGCACCAGGCGGUGCCCCCGGCCGCCCGCGCCCCCUGCGCCCGCUUCCGCUGGUGGCAGCCGGCACACUCGGGCUUCGGGCAGGACCAGUGGGCCAUCGACGACAUCAUCGUGAGCGGGGAGGCCGACCUCAACUUCCUCCCCACCGAGGCCUCGCUGCUCAGGGACCAGCUGACCCCGAGGGGGGCGCCGCGCCCGGCCGCCGCGUUCCCUCCCAGCAUCUGGUUAACGACGGCCAACGAGGGUCGCCACGGCGACGAGGAGGACCUGUGCUCCCCCCCGUCGCCGACGGCGCUGGUGUUCGGCCUCGCGCAGGGGAACCGCUACGCCGUGACCCGCGACCUCGACGUCAAGCCCGGAUACUCGCUGCAGUUCAAGCUGAACAUCGCUUGCCGACCGGUCGGCGCGCGGGAGGGCUCCGGCGGCGUUGCCGCGGGGGACGCAAGCGGCGCGGUGCUGGUGCAGUUCUCCCAUGACUCGGGCCGCUCGUGGGCGCUGGUGCACGAGGCGUGCCUGCCGGCGGGGUCCGGCGGCGCCGGCUGCGAGGGCCUCGGCCCGGAGCUCCGCUCGGCGUCCGUGUUCCUCCCCGGGGACCUCCCGCCGUGGACGCGCGUCACGCUCGUGGUGCCCCGCGCCGUCGCCGCCCGGAAGGUGCAGUUCCGUUGGCUGCAGGAGACAGGGACCUCGGGGUCCGUGGGAGGUCCCCCGCCCCCCCCGUUCGCCCUGGACGAGGUGGCCGUGUCCGAGCCGUGCCCGGGCCACUGCGGGGGCCGGGGGGCCUGCCGGGCCGCCAACUGCACGUGCGACGCCGGAUACACGGGCAAGGCUGUGACGCCCGUCCUGUCGCUGUGUGGGCACGGCGCAGGCCACGAGGGCUCGUGCGUGCGCGACGCCGCGCUGGGCCUGGUGCCGCCCCCUCCCCGCGAGGCCGUCGACCGCUUCGAGGGGCCCGAGCCGGGGCCCCUGUGGGCCUUCGUGCUGGGGGGCCGCGUGGCCCGGGGCUGCGGACUCCUCGGGGAUGGGGAGUCGCUCUACUUUGACGGCGCCGGGCGCCGCGAGGCGCGCACCGUGCCGGUCGACACAACGGGCGUCGGGAUGCUGCAGUUUUUUAUCCGCGUGGGCAGCACCGACCUGGGCACCGCCUGCUCCAAACCCCGCACGCGCAACCAGGGUGUCCUCGUGCAGUUCUCCCCGGACAACGGGGUCAGCUGGUCCCUGCUGCGCGAGCUCGACUUCUCUUCCUUCCUGCUGCCCGAGCUCGUGGGCCUCGUGCUGCCGCCCCCGGCCAAGACGCCGCACACCGCCUUCCGCUGGUGGCAGCCGCAGCACGUCCGCGCCGGGGCCCAGUGGGCGCUGGACGACGUCCUCGUCGGAGUCAACGACAGCUCCCUGCCCGGCUUCCAGGACGGCUUCGAGGAGCCGGGGGCCGGCGGUGGCGGGGGGCCCUGGUUCCAGAUCCAGGGGGGCCGCGUGCUUCGCGGCGCCGGCUCCGGCAACGGCGAUCACGGCCUCCGGUUCGGCGGCCACUCCGACCGGCCGCGGCUUGCCGAGACGUGGGACUACCAGGUCACCGCCUCCACUUUCCUGCAGUUCGAGAUCAGCGUGGGGGGGGAACCGGGAGGGCCCGGGGGGCCCGGGGGGCCCGGGGGGCCCGGGGGGCCCGGCGCCAGCGACGCGCCGCUCCCUCCGGGGGGCGGCGCGGAGGAGGCGUGCGGCGGCGGCGGCGGCGCCGCGGUUGAGCUGCAGUUCUCGCUGUCGGUGGGGCGCGGCUGGCGCCUGCUGCAGGAGGAGUGCGCGCCGCCGGCGCUGGGCUGCGAGCGCUACGCACGCGCCUCGGUCUACACGGCGCAGACGCACGCCGCCUGGACGCGCGUCACCGUCUACCUGCCGCCCGCCGCCACCUCUCCCCGCACGCGGUUUCGCUGGAUCCAGCGUGGGGGCCCCUGUGGGCCCCGGGGCUCCCCGUGGGCGCUGGACAACGUCUACCUGGGCUCCGGGUGCCCCUGGCUCUGCUCCGGCCACGGUUCCUGCCUCUCGGGGCAUUGCCGGUGCGACGAGGGGUUUGGCGGCGCGUACUGCGUGCCGACCGUGCCUCUGCCGUCGCUGCUCAUGGACGACUUCGACUCGGAGCCGAGCGCCGUCGAGUGGCCCCAGCGCCUCGGCGCCGACUGGGGCGGCCCUCCCAGUGGCGCCGUCACCUCCGGACCGGCGCUCAUCUUCCGGCAGGACGGGCCCCGCCUGCUCGUGUCACGUGACCUGGACUGCACCAGCGCGCACUUCCUGCAGCUCUACCUGCGCUUCCUCUCCUCGGACUGGAGCGACCGCUCCCACGCCGUGCUGCUGCAGUUCUCCAUCAACGGCGGCAUCUCCUGGCGGCUGCUGGACGAGCUGGGCCCCCCAUCCACCGGGCCCCCCUCCGGCGCGGGGCCCGCCGACCCCACGGCCCCCCCCGCGGACCGGCUGUUUGUGAGCGCGCCGCUCCCCCACACGGCGCAGACCAACGCCACGCGAUUCCGCCUGUGGCAGCCGCGGCACGGAGGGCGCGACGCGCACGUGUGGGCGCUGGACGACGUGCUGCUGGACGGGGACGACGGCGGCCCGGGCCACGCCCUGCUGCUCGACUCGUUCGGCCCCCAGGGCCCCGGGGGGCUCUUCCACCCGGGGGGCCGCGCGGGGUCCUACUGCGCCGGCCGCGGGGGGGGAGCUGGCGGGGGCGGCGCCGGCGGUGGCGGCGAGGACGAUGCUGUGGUUGGUGCCACCGCCCUGGUGUUCGCGGCAGGCGGUGAUGGCGAGCGCUCGGCGUGCACGCGGGACCUCGUGGUGGCGGAGAACACCGUGCUGCAGUUCCAGAUCGCGGUGGGGUGUGGCGAGGACACCGCCGCCGGCGCUCCGGCCACGCCGGUGCGGCUGGAGUUCUCGCGCGACCGCGGCGCCACCUGGCACCUGUUGCGGCCCCUGUGCGCCGGCGCCGGCCGCCCGGGGGGGCCCCUGUGCUCCACCGAGCGCCACCCGCCGAGCGUCUUCUACGCCGGCGCCCGGCCCGGCUGGGCGCGGCACGCGCUGCACGUGGGCAAGCUGCAGCUGUGCGGGCCCGUGCGGUUCCGCUGGUACCAGGGCUAUUUCCUGCCGGGGAGCGCGGGGGGGAGCCCGUGGGCGCUGGAUGGCGUCUACGUGGGGCCGCAGUGCGAGGAGAUGUGCAGUGGCCACGGCGGCUGCGUCGGCGGCACGCGGUGCGAGUGCGACGCCGGCUUCUCGGGCCCCACGUGCGCCCAACGCCCGCCGCUCCGGAGCUUCCUCUCCCACGACUUCGAAGAGCCCCCGAGCGAGGCCGAGUUGGCGGCGUGGAGCGGUGGGCGCGUGUCGCGACGUUGCGGGGUCCUCGCCGACGGCUCCAGCCUCGUGUUCGCCGACGGAGACGGCGGCCUCCGCAUGCUGCUCACCCACGACCUCGACCUCUCGCGCGCCACCUUCGUGCAGUUCUACGUGCGUCUCGGCUGCAGCAAGACGGCGCCCGACCGCCGCUCCGCGCCGCUGCUGCUGCAGUUCUCGACGGAUGCCGGGCAGAGCUGGCAACUCCUGCAGGAGCUGAGCUUCGGCGAGUCGGGGCCGGCGCCGCGCUACGUGGCGCUGCACGUGCCGCGAAAGGCCGCGACGCCGGCCACGCGCCUGCGCUGGUGGCAGCCGCUCCUCUCGCCGGCGCUCUACACACCCUGGGCGAUCGACCAGGUGGUGGUGGGAGGCAGCGCGCCCGGCUCCUCGGUGCUGGAGGACGACUUUUCGCUGGCGCCGGGCGACGCGUGGCUGCUGUUGCCGGGCGGGCUCCGGGGCCCCGCGUGCGGCUCCGCGGGCGACGCGCUGGUGUUCGCGAACAAGUCGUCGUCACGCUACGCCGUGACGGGCGACCUGGCCGUGGGCGACGACUCCUUCCUGCAGUUCGACUUCGUGGCCUCGUGCGGCGAUGCUGGCACCUGCUACGCGAUCGCCCUGGAGUUUUCGCGCGACCUGGGCGUGACGUGGCGGCCGCUGCUGCCCUACUGCACCGCACCGCACGCCCCCUGCUGGCUCCACGCCGUGCCGGGCCCCCUGCUCUCCGACCUCUACCCCCGCUGGACCCGCAUCACCAUCCCUCUGCCCCCGUCCACCCGCUCCCCCGCCACCAGGUUCCGUUGGUCCCAGCCGUUCCCCUUCGACUGGCAGCAGAGCUGGGCCCUGGACAACGUCCACAUCGGGGACUCGUGCCCCGACGCCUGCUCUGGCCACGGCCGCUGCACACGUGGGGCGUGCACAAAACGGGUGGGGCUGGCGGGAAAGGGGAGGGGCUUCCAGCUCUGCGCCGCGUGUCCUGGUCGAGCCCCGCAGAAAUGCGGCAGUGGCAACGUUGCGUGGACGCGGCCUCGCGACGACGCCCCCUUCCCCAGGUGCGACGUCGGCUGGGCCGGCCUCUACUGCGACGAGGCCACGGAGCCGCUGCCCACGCAGCUCAAGGACGCCUUCCAGGGCCCCCCCGCCCCCCAGCGCUGGCUGCAGGUGGCCGGCGGCGCCGUCGAAGCCGGCUGCGGUUCCCUCGUCUCCGGGACGGCGCUGCGCUUCACCGGGCCGUGCACGCGGACGCUGGUGAGCGUGGACCUCGACCUGACGCUGGCCGAGUUCGUUCAGUUCACCUUCUCCUGGGGCUGCGCCACGCCGCCCGCGCCCAUGCCGGCGGGCGGGCGCGAGCCGGCCGUGCUGCUCCAGUUCUCCACCAACGGCGGCGUCACCUGGCAGCUCCUGCACGAGCUCACGCAGGGCGGCUUCGUGAGCGUGGUGCUCCAGGAGGAGGCCCGGGCGGUCGGCGUGCGCCUGCGGUGGUGGCAGCCGCGGCACGGCGCGCGCGACGGCACCGACUGGGCGCUCGACUCGGUGCUCGUGGGCGGCUGGCGCCAGGAGCGGCCGCUCGGCAUGCACGACUCCUUCUCCGUGCCGCUCGCCCGCCUGCUCGACCUCCCGCAGUCCGACGGCGCCCCCGGCGGCGGCGGCGGCGGCGGCGACUUGCCGCCGACGGUGGACACGCGGCACCUGGUGGAGCUGCACAGCGGCUGGCUGUUCCACGACGACUGCGAGGUGGGGAGGUUCUGCGGGGCCCCGGGGGACGUGCUGCUGUGCGGAGGAGCCACGGCGGGCGGCGCCGGCGACGCCGUCGCGCUCUCCACGCACGACAUGGAGCCGAGGCCCGGCUGGGUGCUCCACGCCAAGAUGGUCGUGGGCUGCCGGGACGGCACUGAGGGCCGGGACGAGCGGGGCGGCCCCGUGCACGUCCAAGCGUCCGUGGACUUCGGCGUCACAUGGCGCUACCUGCAGCCGCAGUGCCUGCCCGCCGACCCACAGUGCACCGGGGCGGUGGCGCAGGCCUCGGCCCUCUUCCCCUCGCGCCGCUGGAGGAGGGUGACCUUUCCCCUCGACGACAGCCUCACCGGGAGGCCCGUGCGGUUCAGGGCCCUGCAGGAGGAGCUGGGGGCCCCGUGGGCCCUGGACGACUUCUGGGUGGGGCCUGCGUGCCCGGGCCACUGCGGGGGGCGUGGGGAUUGCGUGCGGGGGUCGUGCGUGUGCGACCCCGGGGCCUCCGGCGAGGCCUGCCAUGGCACGCGGCUUGGGCCGUCGUUGCUGAAGGAGCGCUUUGGGGGGGCCGCUGGGACCCCUGAUCCGGACUCGUGGGAGCUGGUGGAGGGCGGGGGGCCCUGCUCCUCCUGCGAGGUCGUCUCCGACGGCGUCGCCCUGCACUUCCGCGGCGUUGGAGCGCGGCAGGCCGCGACGGCCGAGCUGGACCUGCGCGGGGCCACGUUCGUCCGCUUCUGCGCGCGGAUCGACGUUGGCGCAGGCCCCGCGGCCCGGGGCCAUUCCGACUCGGUGCUGCUGCAGUUCUCAACGGACGGCGGUGUGCGGUGGCACCUGCUGUUUGAGAUGGAGGCCCAGCGCUACGCGACGGCGCGCUGCGACCACGUGGCGCUCUCGCCCGUGGCGCUCUCCAACUCCACGCGCCUGCGCUGGUGGCAGCCGUGCCCGCUGGGCCGCACGGGGCUGCUGAACUGCACCGCCGCCGUCGCGCGGGCAACGUGGGCGCUGGACGACGUGCUGGUGGGCGGCGAGGAGGUGAACCCCAGCAUCCUGGUGGACGACUUCCAGACAGGCUCGGGCGAGGCCGCGCUGCGCGAGGACCUGUGGACCUUUCACCCCCACGCCGCCCCCGCCGUCGGGUUCUGCUCCCGCCCCGGGGGGGCGCUGGUGUGGCCGGGGGGGCAGCCGCUGCCCACGCCGGCCUCCCUCACCACACGGCAGCUCAUCAUCGCGCCGGGCAGCAUGGUGCAGUUCCAGAUUGCGAUCGGCUGUGGCGGCGAUGACGCUUGCUCCGACGACUUCUCCGUGCGGUUGGAGUACAGCACGGACGCAGGCCGGGACCAGUGGGCGCUGGUGCAGGGCGAGUGUCUCCCGUCGGGGGCCUCCCGCGCCGGCUGCUCCCCCUUCCGGCUGCACGAGGCCUCCGUGUACUCGGCGGCGACGGCGCCGCGCUGGACCCGCGUCACCCUCGGCCUGCCCGACGGCGCCGCGUCCACCGCGACGCAGCUGCGCUGGAUCUUGGCGCGGCGCGCGGGAGGCAAGGGAGCCGCGUGGGGCGGCGCCGGCGCCGGCGCCGACCGUGCCGUGCUGCCCCCCGCCUGGGGGCUCGACGACGUCUUCGUGGGGGAGCCGUGCCCCCGCCUGUGCAGCGGACGCGGGAGGUGCACGCACGGCGCCGUCUGCGUCUGUGACGACGGCUCCACAGGGGACGACUGCGGCACGGUGGAGUCGCCCCUCGCGACAGCGAUGCGCGAGGGCUUCGAGUCGGAGGAGUCUUUAGGCCGCGGCUGGGCCCGCACCGGGGGCGGCCGCUUGGCCGGGGGCGGCCUUCCCGAGGGCUGCGGGCCACUCAACCCGCUGGCGCACGGGAAGGCUCUGUACUUCAGCGGCUGUGGCGUCCGCGAGGCCGUGACCCGGCCCCUCGACCUCACGCUGGCCAGCAAGGUGCUGUUUGUGCUGCGGAUCGGGAGCCCGGCGCAGUCCGAGCGCUGCAACGCGGCCGACGGCCCUGGCGACGCGGAGGAUCGCGCCGUGCUGCUGCAGUACAGCGCCGACAACGGUGCCAGCUGGCAGCUGCUGGCGUCGCACUCCGCGCGCGACCUCCUGCUACCGCGACGCCUGGCGUACGACGUACCAGGGAAGGCGCGGGCAAGGGGGGUGAUGCUGCGGUGGUGGCAGCCGCGGCACGGGGGCCCCACGCGGGACCAGUGGACGCUGGACCAGGUGGAGGUCGUGCAGGCUCGGAGGCAGGGGUACCUGGCAAGCCUGGGGCGCCAGCAGCAGCUGAGGCGUGUGCGCCGUCGCCGCCGCCGCAUCUUGCGCGGCUGACCCCUGGCCCGCCUGCUCCGCCGGUCUCCACCCGUGCCCCCGAGUGGUGGCCGCAGCCUGGGGGCAUCGUUUGGACAUUCGUGACUGCCGUUACGGCCCUGAACCCGCGGCUCGAGGGGAACGUGGAGGAGGGCGGGACGUCUAAGACGCCGCUGUACCAAGGCCCCCAGAGGGUCGGGGGAAGCAGAAAUCUGGGACGGAGUGAGCGGCACAGGAUGAGAGGUCGGGUGGUUCCGAGGUGCGGGGGGGCGCCUUCGACGCACGGGGCCACCGCUCGCACGGCCGGCUCGUGAUGCCUGUGUGAGAUCGUGACUCAAAAUAAACAAGCUAUUAAAAUAUAA